AUGAAGCAGAGGUUUUCCAGCCUGGACGUCAAGGUCAUUGCCCACGAGCUGUCCGCCAAACUCACCUCUCUCCGAGUCACAAACGUCUAUGAUCUGAGCUCUAGAAUCUUCCUCAUCAAAUUCCACAAGCCCGACCAUCGCGAACAGCUGCUCAUCGACUCGGGCUUCCGUUGCCAUCUGACCGAAUAUGCGCGGACAACGGCUGCGGCACCCUCGGGCUUCGUCGCGAAACUGCGCAAGUACUUGAAAACUAGGCGUGUCACAUCAAUCUCCCAAAUAGGCACCGAUCGCAUUCUGGAGCUCCAAUUCUCCGACGGACUGUACCGCUUAUACUUGGAAUUCUACGCCGGUGGUAAUAUUAUCCUAACCGAUGCCGACCUAAACGUUUUGUCGCUUUUGCGGAACGUGGAUGAGGGGGAGGAGCAUGAGAAACUCAGAGUCGGCUUGCAGUACAAUCUUACCUUGCGGCAAAACUACGGUGGCGCACCAGAGCUUACCAAGGAGAGAGUGCGCCAGGCGCUGCAAAAGGCGAUCGACAAGCAGCAAGACCAGCCUGCUGCAGCGGGGAAAAAGGCAAAAAAGGCGGGGAAAGAUUCUCUGAGGAAGGCGCUGGCCGUCUCCAUCACAGAGUGUCCUCCGCUGCUGGUCGAUCAUGCGCUCCAUAUCGCCAACUUUGACUCGUCCUUAAAACCAGAGGAGGUCCUUGCCGACGAUGGGCUGCUGGGAAAACUGGUCGAAGUGCUACAAGACGCAAGAAAAAUCACGGAAGAUAUCACAACAUCUGACCAAAUCAAGGGCUACAUCCUCGCAAAGCCCAAUCCGUCUGCUCCAAAGGCCGACGACGAGUCCGAUAAACCGCGUCUUCUCUACGAUGAUUUCCACCCUUUCCGCCCAGGGCAAUUCAAAAACACAGACUACACCUUUCUCGAGUUUGACGGGUUCAACAAGGCGGUGGAUGAAUUCUUUUCGUCUAUAGAAGGACAGAAGCUCGAAUCGAAACUGACUGAACGCGAACAGCAAGCCAAGAAGAAGCUGGAGAAGGCGCGUAAAGAACAUGAGGAUCGUAUCGGCGGGCUGCAGCAAGUGCAGGAAUUGAAUUUCCGCAAAGCAGAAGCAAUCUUGGCCAAUGUACAUCGUGUUACCGAAGCCACCGAAGCUGUGAACGGACUGAUUAGACAAGGCAUGGACUGGGUUGACAUUGCGCGCUUGAUUGAACGCGAACAAAACUCUGGCAAUGCUGUUGCUCAACUGAUCAGAUUACCGCUAAAAUUACAUGAGAAUACCAUCACACUGCUUCUCAACGAGACAAGCUGGGAGAAUGGUGAAGAGGAAGAGGAUGAAGGCAACGAAACGAGUUCUGUCAGUGAGGACACCGACGACGAAGACGAUCACCCCAAGAGGAAGGCCUCUCCUCCAAAAGUAGCAGCAAGACCGCAACUGGCUAUCGAUAUUGACCUUGGACUUAGCGCUUGGGCGAAUUCCACUGAAUAUUUCGACCAGAAAAAGACAGCAGCUGACAAAGAAGGCCGUACCCUUCAAGCAUCUACAAAAGCGCUAAAGAACCACGAGAAAAAGGUGACCGAGGAUCUAAAAAAGGGGCUAAAGCAAGAGAAGGAAGUGUUACGACCGGUGCGCAAACAGCACUGGUUUGAGAAAUUCAUCUACUUCAUCUCUUCGGACGGCUACUUGGUCCUGGGGGGCAAAGACGCGCAACAGAACGAGAUUAUAUACCGUCGAUUUCUGCGAAAGGGAGACGUGUAUGUACACGCUGACCUCAAAGGCGCUAUGCCAAUGAUCAUCAAGAACAAACCAGACACGCCAGAUGCCCCUAUACCACCAUCGACCCUAUCACAAGCCGGUAAUCUCUGUAUCUGCACCUCCGAUGCGUGGGACUCAAAGGCUGUCAUGUCAGCAUGGUGGGUUCGCAGCGAUCAGGUCAGCAAAACCGGACAGACGGGAGAGUUUCUUCCGGCUGGCAUGUUCAACAUCAAGGGAAAGAAGGAAUAUUUGCCACCAGCUCAACUUGUAGUAGGACUGGCAGUUAUGUUUGAAAUCAGCGAAUCAAGCAAGGCGAACCAUCACAAGCAUCGUGUACAGGAGACUGCAGUGUCUGCCGCAGAAAUGGCCGACGACCCAGCGGAUGAAUCAAAGGCUGCAGCGGCUACAAAGUCUGACGAAAGUGACGAUGAUGACGAGUUCCCGGAUGCUAGGAUCAAUUCUGACUCUGAAGACGACUUUCCGGACGCAAAGAUGCAACAGACCGAAGAGAGCGACGCAGAGUCGGAAGCCGCAGCUCCAAGAAGCAAUCCGCUUCAGUCGACAACAAACCAUGCUGAGGACUCUGAUGAGGAUGACGAGCCUAAAGCCGCAAAAGAUGGAGAUGAGUAUGUCAUGUCUGGAGGAAGGAAUGGCGUUGAUGCAAAGGAAGAAGGUCAGGAAGAUGAGGGUUCAGUAGCUGAUUCUGAACGGACAUCAAAGUCAAAGGGGCGCGGGAAGCUGUCUGCAAGAGAACGCCGUCUCGCAAGGAAGGGCCAACUGCCGGAACUGCCUCAUGUGCCGUCUGAUACAACGCAUGCAGCCGACGGCGGUGAUGACGACGAUGGUUCUGCAGAAGGCGGCAGCGGAAAAGCUCCUACGAAGAUUGACGGGACCGUGACAUCACAAGCCAACAAGCCAAAGAACGCUCCUCUGCCCAGAGGAAAACGUGCAAAGGCGAAGAAGCAGGCUGCAAAGUACGCAGCACAAGAUGAGGAAGACCGCGAGUUGGCCAUGCGCCUUUUGGGUUCCAAGUCUGGCCAACAAGCUGCAGAAGCUGCCGCUCAAGAGAAGCGUCAGAAGGAAGAGCAGGCACAAGCCGACAAGCAACGUCGCCGCGAUCAACACCUUCGUGCUCAAGCCGCCGGCAAAGCUGCCGAAGAGGCCCGUCUGCGGGCACUCGAAAAUGCCGAAGACGACGACGAGGGCGACGAGGCCCUGAAAACAAACCUCCAAAACCUGGAUGCAUUUACGGGCCGUCCGCUACCAAACGACGAGCUCCUAUCCGCCAUCCCCGUCUGCGCGCCGUGGUCCGCCCUCUCCACGUACAAAUACAAAGCCAAGAUGCAGCCUGGCUCGACCAAGCGCGGCAAGGCUGUCAAGGAAGUACUAUCCAUCUGGGACAAUGCCGGCAAGGAUGCCAAGAUUGUGGACAAGCACAGCCAGGAUGUCGAGCGCAUCUGGCCCAAGGAAAUCGAUCUGAUCCGCGGGUGGAAGGAGCCAGAGGUCGUGGGCGUGGUGCCCGUUAGCAAGGUGAGGGUUAUGAUUGCGGGCGGGAGGAGAGGCGCCGAGAUGGCAAAGGGAAAGAAGAAGAGUGUGAGGGGGGGAAGGGGGUCAAAGAAGAAAUAGAGUGUGUGCAGUGAAGCGGCUGAGGGAGGGUUGAGGAAAUGUACGCGUGUAGUUGGGACUGUAUAGUGCGAGAAAAAGUGGAGGACGGAUUGGACAUGGCUUUGUACUUGAUCUAUCAGAGUUUGUUGAAUAAGAUGUUG